AUCUGUCUUUUUAGAUCUAGCAUCAUGGCUCCUCUAUCUGAAGCAAAUGGCACCUUUGCUGUGAACCUCUUCAAAGAGUUGGGUAAAAGCAACUCAGGCAACUUGUUUUUUUCGCCCAUGAGUAUCUCAUCUGCCCUAGCCAUGGUCUUCAUGGGAGCCAAGGGGAACACUGCCACUCAGAUGUCCCAGGUACUUUCUUUAGAUAAAACCAAAUGUGAAGGUGAAGAUGUUCUCCAAGGUUUCCAGUUACUUCUUACUGAAAUUAACAAAACUGACACUCAGUACCUGCUCAGAACAGCCAAUGGGCUUUUUGGAGAGAAGACCUAUGAUUUCUUCUCAACUUUCAAAGAUUCUUGCAACAAAUUUUAUCACGCAGAGAUGGAAGAACUUGACUUUAUUAAUGCUACAGAGGAGUCCAGAAAGCACAUAAACUCCUGGGUAGCCAAUAAGACAGAAGGUAAAAUCACCAAGUUGCUGUCUUCAGGUGGUGUUGAUUCAAAGACUAACUUGGUUCUGGUGAAUGCCAUCUACUUCAAAGGCAACUGGGACUAUCAAUUUCCAAAGGAGAAUACUGAGGAAGUACCUUUUAAAAUAAAUAAGAAAGAACAGAAACCUGUGCAAAUGAUGUUUAAAAGAGCUAAUUUCAAAAUAACCUAUAUAAAAGAGAUAUUUACCCAGAUUCUAGUUCUUCCCUAUGUCAAGAAGGAGCUGAAUAUGAUCAUCAUGCUCCCAGAUGAAAACACCAGUUUGAGCACGGUGGAAAAAGAACUUACUUAUGAGAAGUUCAUGGAAUGGACAAAUCUAGACAUGAUGGAUGAGAAAGAGGUGGAAGUCUCCCUUCCUAGAUUCAAGCUGGAGGAGAAUUACGACAUGAAGGGCGUCCUUUGCAGUCUGGGCAUGGCUGAUGCCUUUGACCAAGGCAAGGCAGAUUUCUCUGGAAUAUCAUCGAAGAGAGACCUAUUCCUAUCUAAGGUUGUGCACAAGAGUUUUGUGGAGGUCAAUGAAGAAGGCACAGAGGCUGUGGGUGCCACUGCUGCUGUUAUCACACUGCUUUGUGCCCGGCGUUACCCGCAGUUCUGUGCGGACCAUCCCUUUCUUUUCUUCAUCCAGCAUGCCAAGACGAACAGCAUUCUGUUCUGUGGCCGAUUCUCCUCUCCAUGA